AUUUCCUUUCCAUGUAAAUCUUUCUCACCAAUUUUUCCAAGUGUCUCAGAAGGAAAGAAGGGCGUAAAGACGGGGGUCUUUGAAAGGGUGAGAACGUUUGGGCCAAGUGUGGAAUGUGCGCCGCCGAACCGCACGCCGCCGCGGAAGCGGCAGUUGAGAACGCGGCGUGGAGAGGCCGCUGACGCGAAGAGGCGGUGCCUAUGAGAGAAGAUUAUAAAUGCCAGAGCCAUUUAACUGAUGGUUAGUUGCUGAAUUCUGACACUUCCUUAAAUACGUUCUUGCACCAACAUCUUCACUGGGAGGAAUUCAGGAAAAGUAGCAGAGGGAAGGAGAGAUCACAUUUACAUGUACCAUGGCUAUACCAAUAACAGUGCUUGACUGUGAUCUCUUACUCUAUGGCCGAGGUCACCGGACAUUGGACCGCUUUAAGCUGGAUGAUGUGACUGAUGAAUACUUGAUGUCCAUGUAUGGGUUUCCUCGACAGUUCAUUUAUUACUUGGUGGAGCUCUUGGGGGCGAGUCUUUCUAGACCUACUCAGAGAUCCAGAGCUAUUAGCCCAGAGACACAGAUCCUUGCAGCACUGGGCUUCUAUACUUCAGGUUCCUUCCAGACUCGGAUGGGAGAUGCUAUUGGAAUCAGUCAGGCAUCUAUGAGUCGCUGUGUUGCCAAUGUCACUGAAGCACUUGUGGAAAGAGCCACACAGUUCAUUCGCUUUCCAGCUGAUGAAGCCUCCGUGCAGGCUUUAAAGGAUGAAUUCUAUGGGUUGGCAGGGAUGCCAGGGGUGAUAGGGGUGGUUGACUGUAUCCAUGUGGCAAUCAAGGCACCAAAUGCUGAAGACCUCUCCUAUGUGAACCGCAAAGGCCUGCAUUCUUUAAACUGCCUGAUGGUGUGUGACAUCAGAGGGGCGCUGAUGACUGUGGAGACCAACUGGCCAGGCAGCCUACAGGACUAUGCCGUGCUGCAGCAGUCUUCCCUCAAUAGUCAUUUUGAAGCUGGAAUGCACAAAGAUAGCUGGCUGCUUGGUGACAGUUCCUUCCUUCUGCGUGCUUGGCUCAUGACCCCCCUUCACAUUCCUGAAACUCCAGCCGAAUAUCGCUAUAACAUGGCCCAUUCUGCAACUCACAGUGUGAUUGAGAAAACUUUCCGAACCCUCUGCUCCCGAUUCCGCUGCCUGGAUGGAUCCAAGGGAGCACUACAAUACUCACCAGAGAAGUCCAGCCACAUUAUCUUGGCUUGUUGUGUCCUCCACAACAUCUCCCUGGAGCAUGGGAUGGAUGUUUGGUCCUCUCCAAUGACAGGACCCAUGGAACAGCCUCCUGAAGAAGACUAUGAGAACAUGGAGUCCUUGGACCUGGAGGCUGACCGAAUCCGUCAGGAGCUGAUGCUCACUCAUUUUAGCUAAUGUGAAAGGUGGAAGGGAGGGGAAACUUUCCAGAAGGAGUUGUGACAAACUUUCCGCCUCACCACCCCCUACAUAGUUCCAUCAUCUAGCAUGACUGAAUAUGUGGACACUUGUCACAAAUUGACAUUUAGUCUGUGUGGUUUAGAAGGGUUGUGGCUAUGCCAGAAUAUCUUGAUUCAUUUGCAAAUAUAUUAGCUAACCCAAAACCAAGCCAAUAGUUCCCUGCUAUCCACUGAACGCCAGGCUGAGCACCACUCCUUUGAAAACUCACGAGUAGCAGACAUUUAUGAUUGUGCCUAUAAAAUCAAAGCAAAGGGGAAAAUGGCACUCAGCCAGAAUGUUUUUUAUUUACUUAUCUAGAGAUUUCAAAUGAAAACAAUAUUCAUUUGUCCUGAAUUAUUGGAUGGGAUUUUAGCUUUUCUACUUUGCUGCCUAUAUAGGCAUCAUCCGAGGCGAGUGUAAAGAGCAAAUUUAAGUUAGGGAGUGGUCUUUGACAAAAGUAAGUGGCUACUAAUCUGAGUUUGCAGCUUUGUGUUUUUUAAGAGGGUGUUAGGGACAGCCCGAAGAAUCCAUCUUUCGUCUUUCUGCUAUAGUUGGACUGUGACUUGGACCUGGUUUCUAGGGAGAACAUCUGGACUCCAAUCUCCUCUUUCCAACCCAGAGUAGGAGUUAGAGGCUAAAUGGGUUAAAAACCCAAACAGCUUAAAGAAGACAAGUCAAAUACAGAUAAAAUAGCAAGCUUACACUUUACAGAUCUAAAGACCCCGAUAGAUUGAUGGACAGAGGAGAUUCACCCAGGUUUUGACAGCUCACAUCUGAAUAGAUCACAUUUCUUAUGCUCAUGAUAUUCAAAUGUCUGUUUGGCCAUUCUCCUUUGAAAUUCCUUGAGUAGAAGGAAGAUUUAGGGAAUAAAGAAGGCAUUGUGAAAACAGUAAAAAAGAGGUAAAAAGAACAUAAUUUCAUGGUGUGAAAUGAAUUUUGGUGUUAGACCUACUUGGAUAUCUUGUGUGCAAAGUGAUGGACAGAAUUUCCCAGGAACUAAAUAAUCCCCCACCAAGUCUAUUCUAAAAUUAUACUGAUAUAAAAAUAAACUGAUUGGAAUAAUGAAAGUGUGAAUUAGGUUCACACUUUGGUUCCUUAGCUGGGACAAAAAGAGACUUUCCUGAGGAUUGUCUUGUUCCCAGUUUCUCAUCAACUCACCAUGUGAUACUUCAGAAUUGUCCUCUUGGAUCAUUUCCUACCUGCCUUUGGCAGUGUUAAUCUGGUGAUUUUCAAAGUAAAGAAAUGAACAGCUGAUGACAGAAGAAAUUUGGAAAUAAAUUGAGGGUGACUCAUCCCCAUGAUUAAAAACAAUUAUGGAUUAUUAUCUGCUGUUUAUUUCUACUCCAAAUGCUAUUUCCUGUCAUCAUCCUACUCUAUAAAGAGUGGGUCUGAUUGGCAGGACGUUGAGCUUGAUACGUACAAUGACGUCAUGGAGAUGAGAAUGGACCACGAAGAGGUGCCUGUUAGUUCUACUCAUUGUGCAACGGAGGUGCCCUGUUAAAUAUUUUUCCUUUGUAAAAUCUAACCUGUGACCAAGCUUGCUUUGUCUUCCUCAUGAGGCAAUAUUUUAACUCUUGCAGUCUUUCCAGGUUUCCUGAGAUGGGUAUUUUUCCCUACAGAGUUUUGGUUCUGUGGCGCAUAUUGCAUGAGGAAAGGGUGACUGACAUCUGCGUAUCAUAAGUGGCAAGGUAGAAUGUGAACUUCGAAAAUGUCUGGCAUUUUAGCCUGAAAAAAACUACCUUAAAGGAAAAUUGGGGUUUUUCAUAACUUAACUCACUAGAUGGUAACAUGAAGCCUGAGUGGGAGGGACGGUCUUGGAGAGAUUUCAAAAGCAAUUUCAAGUCUAUUACUUGCACAUCAAAGAUAAUUUCUAAGUGCGGAACCAACUGAAUAUUGGCUGGCAGUGUUUUCCCCUGGGAGCAUUUUAUUUCCUAAUAAUUUCACAGAAUAACCGUUCAACUCCAUUUUUUUAAUCUCCUUUCUACGUGAAUUUUUAUAGACCAGGAUUUUUUCAGUCCUUAGUUACAAUUUCCCCAAAAUGAUCUAGUGGUGGGAUCAGGGUCUGUACUUCCAAAUUGCCAAGGGUUUGCUCCUAGGGGCUUUUUAUAAGUGCCUGUGAAGUCUUCUCUUGAGGUCCUUAUUGUGGGUUUUUAGUAUCUCCCUGGUACAGUUUUGGGAAAGAGUCAAGGAUUAUGUCUGUCUUAUGUAAGCUUCAUCUUCGCAGAGAUGAUACCAUCUGGUCAGCAUAGGAGUUUUCCAGAUUUGCCCUUGGAUGUUUCAAGACAGCAAAGUCCCAGAAUAUACUAAGAGAAAAACCACAAUAUUGGGUUAUCACUGGUUUACCAAUUUCAAAUUAUACAAAACAGAGAUCUCAGACCCAUUCUUAGUUUAAAAUGAACUGAACAGAGAUGGAGCUCCUUUCCUUACCCUUAGACUGUAAAGGAUAUAUAGCAAAUUAAUAAGUUUAGACUAAUGGGGUCAUAUAGUGAAGACAUAAAAGAGGUGGUGGGGAGAGGAGCAAAAUAGAAGCUAGACAGAUAACAGACAUACUGUGAUUGUAUCCUGACCUGAAAUGAUAAAUUGAAAACAACUCAAGGACUGAGCUUAGCAGUUGCUGUUCCUGGCAAUGGAGGGGGAAGUUAGGAGGAGGACAAGAAAAUAAAUUAAGGAAACUUAAUCAUUGUGCAUGCACAUGUCCUCAGGACCUGUAUUACUCUCUAGGUCCAGCCCAGAUUUUACGAAGUGGUAAGAAUAAGAGAUAACAGAAUUAAGAGUUUGUUGACUCUAAGAAUGGCAAUGCAGGAAAGAAGGGAAAGUACUAGCUGAAUGCUGGGAACACUUCAACUUCAGUUUCCUAACACAUCAAAUUCACAGGCUUUUUUUCUUUUUUUUUAACGACUGCACUCUAAACCCCCUUUGUGAUAGUCAAAUAGGAAUAAUGAGAGCUCUGGAUACUAAAAAGGAGCAAGGAAAUUAGACCUUGAAAUCAUAAGUUAGUACAUUAAACAAACAAAAAAGUCCAUUUGAAAGGACUCCAUGUUUGCCCAACAAAACAUAAAGGAUCUAUCAUUCUCUUGAGACUUUAAUCCUUAUAUAUAGAGCUCUCUUUAUGAAAGGGCUGAUUUCUUUGUCGUUCUAGAGUCUUGACAUGUUCACACGUUUCGGGGUGCCUGGGUGGCUCAGUUGUUAAGCAUCUGC